UUUUUCCUUCAAUAACUUAACAAUGGCACAAAUGAUUGCGAAAAAGCAAGAAGAAUGGAACUCUCAAAAAGUAAGAGAACUUUUGCGAUUGCCUGAAAAUAAAAAGUGCUUUGAUUGUCCCACCAAGAGUCCGUUCUUUGUUAAUGUCAGUAUACAAACGUUUCUAUGUACUCGCUGUUCUGGUUUAGUUCGAGAAGUAGGACAUCGAGUCAAGUCCAUCUCGGCCAGCAAGUUCUCAGGACCAGAGAUUGUUGCCCUUCAACAUGGUGGUAAUGAAGUAGCUAGAACAAUUUGGCUCAGUAACUAUCGUAUAGACACACCAGAGCCCGAAACGGAUGGAGAUAUUCGAUUAUUUAUGAGACAAAAGUAUUACGAACAAAAAUGGCUUGAUCGUCAGAAGGGAGUUGCCCACGCAGAGAAUGUAAAGCGGAUUAUCACCGAGUUAUACGCACCUGAUGGAAGUCGUAAGGUGAAUACAACUGUCGGACGUAGUGGAAGUAUUGAUAAAAGAAGGAGUUUGGACAUUCGACCCAAAAUAGCACCUACUCAAUCAUGGGUUGAUGAUAAUGUACCUAUUGGACUGAUUCCUGCCGUGCAACAUAAUAAAAAUGCAAUGGAUGAUUUGCUAUUGAACGAUGAUAACAUGCUCUCACCAAAAUCGCCUAGUUUCUCUUCUGUACCCAUGUCUAUAAUGACACCGCCUCCCUCUUCAAACCAACAUUUUAGAAAUCCACCUUCAUCCAAUCAGCCCAUCUUAAACCCACCUGCAAGUAAACCCAUGUCUCCUAUUACAGUAUCACCAACAAAUGAUAUAUUUUCAGAACUGGCUGGUCUUGCCACACAUACACCCAUCGCUUCACCAACUUACUCUGGUGGCAUUUUACAACCCAAUUCACCCAAACCUUCCACCACACCCAGUAUGACACCUCAGCCUCAGGAACAACAGAAACCGACAGUGUAUAAAGAGGAUCCGUAUGCUGCAUUGCGUGAUUUGUCUAUAGGUUCCAAACCAGCAGCAACACCUACAAUGAACACAUUAAAAAUCAAAACAUCUGACGAUGCUAUGAGUUGGGGAGAUUUCCAAAAGUCACCUACGAGAAUGUCAUUUAACAAGCCAAUGUUUAGUGAUAUAGACCCAUUAUUCAAGUAAUAGGGACUUAUGAUUUGGUGU